AUGUUCUACAACUUCGUCUUAGCGUUCGUCCUCGUCCUUGCCCUCGCCUACACCGCUAACGCUCAGUGGGGAUACGGCAUGGGCUACGGCAUGGGAUACGGCAUGUACAGCCCAUAUCGCCGAUUUGGCAUGUAUGGCAUGUAUCCGAGAUAUGGCAUGGGAAUGAUGGGCUAUCGAAUGAUGUACGGCAAAUAG